GACUCAGAUCGUCAGAUGCGAAUUUGGAGCCCAUCGAUCUGAUCCGUCUCCUUCCAGCCGGGGUUCAGCGUGGCAUCUGGUUGAAGGAGCGGCGGCCUCUCGAGAUGACGAUGCGGCCGUUCCGUGGCCAUGGUAUCGCCCUCGCCCUUCUCCUCCCUCGUCUCCUCCUCCUCCUCUCCUUGGAGCCGCAACUCUCACUCGGAGGCGACGGAGUUUGCGAGCUCAGCGUCCGCCGCCAGGGCGUCAUCUACAACUACAGCUUGGCGUCGCCCACCUCCAAAUACCCUCACGGCGUUCUCAGCGAAGACGGGUUUUACAAAGUGGUUGUAAAUGACACUUCACUCUGGUUUCAGCUCUGUGAUCAAAUGAUAUUCAACCAUGAUCCACCAAGAUGUUUUGGCUGUCAGGAUUGUGGUGGUCCACUUCACUGUGGUACGGCAUGCAGUGCACUUGUGGCAAGCAACGUAGGAGGAUAUCCUGUUUGCACAACUAUUGGAAGGUCUUCAGAUUUAUACAUUGCUCUUAUAGAUCAGAAGUAUCCUCUGAAAGGUGUUCUUGUUAAGUCAUCCUCAUUCGGAACCCAGGAUAAUUGCUCGCUUUCUGUUUCCAUCUUCUGUGAUUCAAAUGAAGUCCAAGUUCCAAAUUCUCUGAACAUUACAGGAAAAUGUGACUAUGCCGUGGCACUUAGGCAUCCAUCUGGGUGUGCAAAAGUUAUUUAUGUAAAUGGAAGAGGAUGGGGCUUGUUUGGAACAGUAAUUAUGAUCAUUUUGUGCUUCUUAGUGGGCUACAUCCUUAUAGGCACAGUCUAUAGGUUCUUUUUCCAGGGGAUUCAUGGUGCAGAAGCUAUUCCAAACUUAGAUUUUUGGCUCAGCUUGCCGCACAGAGCAAAGAAUAUGCUAGAUUCUGUUUGCUUUACUCCAUCAUGGCGAGUCCUUUUGCUAUUACACACUGAAAGAGAGAAAACAAACUUUUGGAGUAACCAAGCAAUGGCUCUCGUCUUUGAUGCAGUUGUGACUUGUACACUUUCUUUCUUUCUUUCAUUUUUUCCCCUAUAACCUUCAAGUUAAGCUGAGUUUGCCUUCGACAUUGUUUUUUUAUUGUUUCGUUAUAUGUUGUUGAAGGUAAUGAACUCCUUGAUAUAGUCAUAAUGUUCUUUAAGAAAAUAAUAUGCUCUUCAUAUGCUAACCGGCAGUGAUCAAUUGUUGACAAAGAGUGGAUGGUCGACUACAACAAUGAGCCUCCCCUGGCGAUCCCUUCCUGCGAAGACUUUUGGUGAGUUGCCCAAUUUUAGAGGAGAUAUCAGAUCACUACAUCGAGAAGUUAAAGCAGAAGUGGCCCCAAUUUCAGAGGAGAAGACAGUAGAUUGGUGACAAGAUAAGGUGUUGAAGUAGAAGGAUGAGGAGAUUGAUAAUCAUUAGUGGGGAGUGCAAGAAGCUGCAAGGGGAGCUCAAGAAGAUUACGAAAAUGCAGCUGAAUUCUCUGAUUCUAUCUGUAGUCGAAUGAGUAUAAAAGGUGAUCAAAGAUAUACAAAAUGAGUAUAAUCAAUGAAUGGUCUAUCCACAAGUAAUGAAAUUGCUCCGUCGAGACCUCGAAGCGAGAAGCGAGAGUGCAUAACUAUGGAGAAAUGGGAGUCUUGUCGCCUUUCAAAUUGAAGUUGCCAUUCUAGAAAAUGGAUCGAAUGGAAUUUGAAGAACUCGACUACUAUUUAUUGGAUUGAUGGCUUGAUGAAGAACUUGCGGAGCUCGAGAAAUUUUUGACUAUCCCAAUAAAGUUAAAAAUGGAGAUGAAGCUAAAGUUUGUAGGGGUAAAUUGAGAAUUUCCCGAUAAAGAGCGGUGUGGUUGGAGCACCAGCCCUUUUCUCCUCUUCCUCUCCGACGGAUCUGCAGGCGUGUUUGGCAACGUGCUGUCGGCGAGACGAUGUCCAUCUCCAACGGUCUCCACCACCGCCACCGAGACGACGACGCCACCGACGAUGACGACGACCACGACGACGCUCACUACCAGCCCAUAUCCGCCUUAGAAGACGACGGAUCUGCACCCAGCUCCGAUUCCGACGAACACGCGGCCGCUGUCCCCUCCCCAAUCCGAUCCAACGGCGGCGUGUUCCAUAUCCAGAACCCUAGCCCUGGCGUCUUCUUUCUCGACGCCGAGGGAGUCCUAUCGGCUCUGGAUCUGAAUGGACCUCCCGUUGACGGCGCUGGUGGAGGCGCGGAGGCAGAGGCGGCGGAUGAAGAGGCCGAGGAGGAAGAGGAGAGGGUGAGGCAGCUGGAGGCGUCGAUCUCGAGGGCGUUCAGCGAG